AAGGCGGAGACGUCAGACUGUUCUGGGAGGCUCGUGGAUGUGGACCGGAGCUCGUGCCGCUGCGCUGAGCUGCGUGAAAAUACGGUAAACCUGUCGCUAGCUUCAAGCUACGCGAGCUUUAGCAGGUCGUACGCGACAGAAUAGAGAUUUAAACCGGUAUCGAGAGGACCCAAAACUUGAAUGACAUUAUAUAAGCUCGAGUGUGUGCAAAAAUAAGGCUAAAGAUUCAUAGUUUGGACGCAGGCUAACUGGCUAAGUGAGCCGUCGGCAAGACCCCACCACCCAAAGAUUGAAACGGAGAUUAAAGCCAUCAUCUAAUCUAUCAAAGAGGAUAACCAAUGUCACACACACCAAUCCUCUAAAGCAGCGACGCCAAUGAACUGACAGGUGGAGUUUAUUUCCAUUCUCUCCAGCGCACCCACUGGAAGGCCCCAACUUUGGCUGAGUGCGUGGAUACUCUGUGUUCAAGUGUGCGUAUGGUCAGCUGAAAGGCGAGAUAACUCCACAGCGUCAGAGAAGAAAGUGUAAGCAUGGCUCAAGGCACUCCCUUGAGGCCGCGUCCCCCAGAGGUCCUUAUGUAAUGCCUCCUCAUCUGCUAAUAGACAGCAGCUGGGCCUGAUGCACUCACACGUACACAUUUAAGGAAGUCUCUGAAGUGUCCCAAGGGAGAAGUUGAACUCCUGUCCAUUGUUUUCUCUUUGACCUCAUGCUCCCUCAAUCUUCACAUACUCACCUGUGAAUCCCAGGAUUCCUCUGAGCUCCAAAGUCUUCUUUUCGGAAUCGCUUCACUGACCUUGAUCGGUUCCCAGGAGUUUUGAGGUGUGUGCAAGCUAAGCGCUGCUCUUUCACCUGUUUUUUGUCUCUGUGGAAGCUUCAUCAAGAGAGGUGUUUUAGCUGGAGCAUUCCUCUCGUUUCAUGCCUCUUGUCUCAAAAAGCGAGAAUUUGAUCUAAUCAGCCAUGCAGGUGUAAGCCUGUUUACUUGGGAAGAUACUGGCCUGUCCUUCGAAACGAACCUGUGGAUCAGCAAUGCUUCGACUCGGGAGAGAGACACAUGAGGUUCCAUUUUUAAAGGUGCAGUGUAGCGCACUUGUUGGUUGAAAUGAAGGAAAGACAUUUUUAUAUUUUCUGAGUGUGGAUGGUGGGGGGAAAUUGUUAACAGUUGAUUCCUUCGUUGUCAUUGCUCCCUUCAACUGAACUACACCAAAACUGAGAGAAAUCCUCCUGUCCCUCUUUUUGUCUUUUGCUGUUUCAUUUUUUUUAUAUAUCUGUUUUGAUCUUUUUCUUUUUCAACUCCCAGUUCGCAGCUGAAAAACUUGAGGACAUUCACUGACUACAGUGCUGCUCAUCAAAACAUCAAACUCAAAUAUAUUUUUAAAAUAUUUGUUGUCAUUCAAGAAAAAAAAAAAAGCAAAUUCAUACCCAUUGCUCUCCUCUACCUCUUAUUUUAUACAGUAUACAGUAACCUCUUAUUUUAUACAGUAACACCAAACGUUUAAAAAGCAUUUUUAAAGCAUCACUGAAGAACUGGAUGAACACAAUUUUUAAUUCCCAUAUUCAAGUUCUGUUUUGUGGCACUUUUUAAACUUUAUCCUAAGCCUUUUGAAAUUUUUUUUUUUUAUUGUUUUAAAUGACCCAAAAAUAUUUAGACUUUAAAGGUUUUGUGCAAUUUGUUAUAUUUUGUUAAAUGCUUUAAUAAUUUAUAUUAAUAAUUUCAAUUUGUUCAAAUCCCAAAUUUCUUCAGUUUACUACUUUUAUUUUUUUUUAAUCAUUUUCAACUUUGAGAAUUUGUUUUUGUGUUUUUGCAACAAUGCUCAACUUGUGGCCUUUUUGUAUAAUGCUGAAAGGACAACGACUUCUCCCAUAGUCUUUCCUUGCGUUUGUGCUGUCUUGACAACACAAACACACUCACAAACGGAUCAUUUUCCGGGGCACGCUGCCAUCCUGCCCCCUGGGUGAUGCCGAGCGGCAGCAUGAGUGGGGGCGUGUCUGGACCCACUUCCCCACCCCACCCCACUGUUCCAUCCAGACCUCUCCGGCCUAGUCGCUACGUGCCAGUCUCUGCGGCAACGGCCUUCUUGGUCGGGGCAACCACCCUCUUCUUCUGCUUCACGUGCCCUUGGCUUUCAGAGCAGUUUUCCGUUGCUGUGCCAAUAUACAAUGGCAUUAUGUUUCUGUUUGUUUUGGCCAACUUCUGUAUGGCCACCUUCAUGGAUCCUGGCAUCUUCCCUAGAGCUGAGGAAGAUGAGGAUAAAGAGGAUGAUUUCCGAGCUCCUCUUUACAAGACUGUGGAGAUUCGAGGCAUUCAAGUGCGGAUGAAGUGGUGCUCCACCUGCCGUUUCUACAGACCCCCGCGUUGCUCUCACUGCUCUGUGUGCGACAACUGUGUGGAGGAUUUUGAUCAUCACUGUCCGUGGGUCAACAACUGUAUCGGCCGGAGGAAUUACCGUUACUUCUUCCUGUUCCUGCUCUCUUUGACUGCUCACAUAAUGGGCGUGUUUGGCUUCGGCCUGCUUUUCAUUCUCUACCACACCCAGCAGCUGGACAGAGUGCAUUCGGCUGUCACUAUGGCUGUCAUGUGUGUCGCUGGGCUUUUCUUCAUCCCAGUGGCAGGUCUCACUGGUUUCCAUGUCGUUCUGGUGGCAAGAGGCAGGACCACCAAUGAGCAGGUAACAGGGAAGUUCAGGGGAGGCGUGAACCCCUUCACAAACGGCUGCUUGAGAAACAUCUCGCAUGUUCUGUGCAGCUCACAGGCACCCAGGUAUCUGGGUAGAAAGAGAAAGGCUCAGACAGUGUCUGUUCAGCCUCCUUUCCUCCGACCGCAGCUUACUGAGGCUCAGCUGGCAGCCAAGGUCCUCGACAACGGAAUCCAAGGAGACCUUCACCGGUCUAAGAGCAGUUUGAUGGAGAGUCAGUCUGCUGACGCCGAGCCUCCACCUCCACCUAAACCAGAGCUCAGAUACCCUGGGCUGUCACGAGGACCUGCCGGACACUCUGAGGAGAGUAGUCUGUUGAAUAAAGCCCCGCCCACCCCCACCAUGUUCAAGUACAGGCCCACAUACAGCAGCCCGGGCAAGAACCACACUGCCCUCACACAUGCCUAUGCCAACCAGAUGAGUCGCGGGGACAGUCUUAAAGAGUCCUCUUCCUCUCUCCUCCAGUCCAGUCAGCAGCCAGGCUAUCGCUCUGAGCCCAGUCUGGAUGGGCGCGAGGGGGGUGGAGGAGCGGAGCGAAGCGGGCCAGAGCGAACAGCUGGGGGUCCUGGAGGACCUCCAGGCUCAGGGAUCACCGGAUACUCCCUAGGAGGGCGUUCGUAUCCCUCCUUCUCUGAUCCCACAGUUCUCGCCGGAGGGGCCUCACGGUCCUCCAGUGUUCGCUCUUCCCACAAUGCCCCGCCAUCUGAAGCCACCACUUCCACCAGCUACAAGAGCUUAGCCAAUCAGACGCCACCGCCGGCUCCUCGGAACGGCAGUCUGUCAUACGAUAGUCUGCUCACGCCGUCUGAGAGCCCAGAUUUUGAGUCUGCAGCGCCUGAGAUGUCACCAGGCCGACCGCGCGCGCCUGUAGUGGGAUACAGUUCGCCUUUCCUGUCGGCACAGAUCGCCCAGCAGCGGGAGGCGGAGCUCCACCAGCCGUCUGCCUCCAGCGCCGCCCUCCUCGCCUCCCCGCAGCAUGCCGGCUAUCUACGUGGCUCCACCUCCUCCCAGCCCGCUCCACCUGAACGCGAGCGGGAACGCCUGCUGCACGACUCUCAGCAUCACCACCACCACCACCACCAUCAUCACCACCACCAUCGGCCGCCCCGCUUCUCUCGACCCCCUCUGAUGUCUGACUCGGGCCCGCCUCAGCCCUCAUAUCCGUACCGCACACGCUCCACUGACACGCCCCUGCCGCCCACCACUCACCCUCCACGCUCGCCACACCCCCCGCCGCUGGGGAAGUCUCUGUCUUACUCUAGCGCUGCCGCUGCUGAGAUGCAGUACCGCCUGGUCCGCAAAGCCUCGGCCUCGGUCGGGGGAGGGGGCAUACAGGCGCCAAAGGACGAGAUUCAGAUGAAGUCGUAUAGUCGGACAAACGGGCAGCCGAAACCACCUUCUACCCCCUCUCAUCCUGUUAGCGUGUCUACUCGCCCAGGUCAGGCGUAUUCCAGUGCUGGCUCUUCUCAGAGCCCCGCCCACAAGCCUGGAGGCGGGGUGAAGAAGGUGACUGGUGUCGGAGGGACCACUUACGAGAUAUCAGUGUGAGAGACGCGCUGUUUUGACCCGUGUUGUCAAGAAUGGAGCCCUGUACUCAUUUUCUUCACAGACACAGCAGAGAAAAUUCUGUUUGGCGGACAUUUAUUGGUGCCUACAAGAAAGAUCUGAAAACUUCUGACCUCUGCUGUUAUUUUUUGAAAAGGAAAUAAUGCUAACCAGCAGGUUUUGGUUAGAUAUGACAUAGAGGAAGAAGAAGAGGAGGAGGAGGAGGAGGAGGAGGAGCAGGGGGUCAUUCAAACCGUGACAUAGUGGGACUUCAGGACUCCUCGCCAGUAAGGAGCUGGAGCACAUAAUCAGUGUGACGGCAAAGGACCGGAUUGCCUUGAAAACAUUUCAGUACAUAACAAAAAAAAGAUUUUUAUCCAACAUAAAUGUGUAAAUUGUUCUGUAUAGAAAAAGAUUAUCAGUUUUGGUUGUUUUUCUUUUUUUUCUUUUUUUUUAAUCACCGAGUGGAAUUAGAUUUUUUCAAAAGGGGACCUGUGGCAUUCAGUAGCCAUUUCAGACCACUGUGUUUGGCAUGCGACAAUGUUGCGUCUGUAUCCAAUCAGCACCAGGGAAGCAAAACAGUAGUAAAGAUAAGGAAAUGGACUAAUGCAUUAUUUAAGUGACAGCAGCCUUUUCAAGUGCAAGUAGUGUUUCUGAGCAAUGGCCUUGGAAAUUCAAGUUUUUAUUUAAUUUUUAAAGUGUUAUUUUAUAUGACUUUAUAAAUGGCUAUUGAUAAGAUCAAAAUGUUUUUUUUCUACAAAGGCUGAUAUUUGUUCUCUAUGGACUUUUAUCUAAUCAAAUAGAGGGAUAUAGAGCUGAUGGCCGCUCUAGCUGGAGAGAGAUCAGCCGGUAGGUAAUCAGAGGGUUAAUCGUAGCAUAAAAAUGCAUUUGAUAUGGUGGAGCCAAAUCUGUGUGGGUCAUAUUUCAAAUUUUAUCCUGUAAACAUUGAUUGGCUGCCUCUUAGAUCUGUUUUUUUUUUUUUUUUAAUAUAUAUUAAUAUGUGAGAGCCAAAUCUCACCGGUGGCCUUGACUAGCCAGCCAUGUAGGAUUUAAAGCUCCCUAUGCCACAGAACGGUGGGGAUCCAUAUCAAUGCCCUCUGAUUGGACAGCAGGUGAACCAGUCAGUGGAAGUUAACCGUCAUUAUGAAUCAGUGAAAGCCUUUUAUUUUUAAUGAUUUAAUUCUUACCUAUUGCAUUCGAGAAGAUUGUGACAUUGUGCAGGACUCAUUUCAAUCAUCGUCUGUCUUGUCAGGGGUGACAUUUAGAUCAGAGCUGGCCAAUCAGGGGACAGAAUGUAUUUGCUGACACAAAGCCAAUGAAUACACUUAUAGGAAUAUUUUGGAUCAAAAGAUGGAUUGAGGGGAGGGAGGGAAAGAAAAAAAGAAUGUGUACUGUAUAGUUCAGUGUGAGUGAACAUGGUUGUGAAUAGGUGUAUGCGUGAGUGUGUGUGUUUGAGCAUUGGUAAUAAACUCUUUAUAAAUCAGUU